AUGGCGGGUAGUCCAGACGACAUUCGCAAGUUGAGGAGACAAAAGUUACUUCAAUUCUCUGAACAGCGAAUGAAAAAAAUUCUUCACUCAGAUGCAGGACCUUAUUCCCAUGAGACCUCUGAAGAUCCAAGUGCCCAUCUUAUAAAUGAGGGCAGAAAUAAUGCCAGCUCAAGAGAAGAAGACCCUGGGCCAGAUACUGCUGCUAUUUCUCGUGCCCGUUCACAGCCUAGUCCAAUGGAAGCCACCAAUAGCUCAAGUACGCAAGAUAGCCUGACCACUGAAACUACUGCUGACACUGACAAAUCUCAUAUACGCAAAAGGGUGAAAACAAAUGAUGCAUUUGCUGAAAGUAAAUUCCCUGGUAUCACAACUUCAACUCCGAGCCCAAGUCCGUCUCCUCGGAGAUCACCAUUGUCGUCUGGUAAUCGAGCAUCUGGACAUGCUUGCAAUAAGGUCACACUCUCCUUGUUGCAAUUUGAUUUGAUCAGGCUUAUCAGCUGUGUUGUUCUUGCACUACUUACACGAAAGAUCCUCAAUACAGCCUGGAGUUUAUUUUUUGCCGAGUCAAUACUUGUCCCGUUCACUCUCCUUCAACUUGGUAUUUACACAUUUUUGCCGAAAUUUUGCAAGGCUGUAGUUCUUCCUGAGAGAGGGUCCAUGAUAGCAACUUGUUUAAUUGUAUGUGGCGUCGAUCAAAACACAGUUGUUACAUUUCAUAAGGUGAUUGGCUACAGUGCUUCAAUUGCUGAAGAUGUUGCAAUUUAUAUCUUCUCCUUUGUCGAGAAAAUUACAGAAAAUGGUAUUGUCUUGAGCAACACAUCUGAGAAUUCGUGGAUCAACAACUCCCCCCCCCAAAAAAAAGGGGAUACUGACAUGGACCUGGAAGACUGGAAAAUUAAAAAUGAUGGCAACCGUAAAAGGAAUGAAUCUGAUGACCUUCAUAAUGUAAAUUACAAUGAUAGACCCGUAUUUGAUGUUGUCCAUCUUCAAUAUCCUGUCUCCAUGGAAUCUGUUAUUCGUUGUCUUGACUUGAGAUUCAUCAGAGGACAUCUUGAAACAUGGCUGGGACCAUCUUUAAUCAUCCUCAAUCCUUACUCAAAUACUUUCAAGUUGCCCCUUGAAACAAAUCAGGAUGAGAAUCAUUCUAAAUUCUUGAAGCAUAAAGUCAUAGAAGUUCUUCAGGAGCUUUUUGAUACUAAAUAUCCACAGACCAUCGUCUUCAAUGGUGAGAAUGGUAGCGGUAAAACCUACAAUGCCAGUCAAGCUCUGUAUUACUUAUUUUCUCAAACCAAUCGUGGCCUGGACGUCAACAGUUGCUUCUCCAAAGUAUCAGCUGCUCUUGUUGUACUCCAAUCGCUUAUUACUGUCUCCACCCUUGGAAACCAUAGCAGUAGUCGUGUGGGUUUAUAUAUUCAGAACUACAUUCGUGAAUACAGCAUCUUUAAAACCAAAAUCAAUUGUGUUUACAUUGAUCAUGCAAGACUGACCGACGUAAAGAAUCUCAUAAACAACUACCAUAUCUUUUAUCAGAUGUUAGCUGGUUUAACGGACAAAGAAAAAAGUCAUCUCUACCUUGAUAGCUUCACCAGUACCAAAGACUUUUAUUAUUUAUCCACGGGAAACCCCCCAGCUCCACCUGAGGUUCUUAAAGAACAAUUUGAAAAAUGGAGGGCUUGCCUGAUUACUUGUGACGUAUCAUUUGAUGAUGUGACCCGAAUUUUGGCUGCUGUCCUCCUGUUAGGAAACAUCACAUUUGUGGGAAGGUCUGGUUUGGAAUUGGAUGUCAAAGGUCAAAAUGAACUGAAGGCUGUUGCUGCUCUACUUGGUGUGUCUAGUAUAACACUAUACCAAGGCUUGACAACAAGAACUUGUAUUACACCUGAAGGUAUAAAUGCAAUUCCUAUAUCAAGUGCUAACAGCGUUCAUGCCUCCAGAGAUGCUCUUGCCCGAGCUCUGUAUAUUCGAACCAUUCACACGAUUGUACGAAAAGUAAACAGCGUAUUGAAGACCCAAAUGACAAAAAAGAAAGGAAGAAAACUAUCCACUGGCAGCUGUAAAUCAGAAGAUCGCUUAAGUUCCCAUCCUUCAUUCAACAGUUGUUCAUCAGACAGAUCUACUUGUGCAACCAACACAUCAUAUGGGAAACAACCUACAAGUUUAAUUAAUAUUCUUGAUAUGUUUGGCUUUGAGAACUUCAAAACAAACGGCCUGGAACAACUAGCCAUUAAUCUUUGUUCAGAAACUCUGCAGAGCUAUUACAACUCACAUAUCUUACGCCCCAAUGUGGCGACAAGAUGCCAUUCUGGUGAAGGCAGUGGAAGUACAGACCUCGAUUACCAUGAUGACAAUGACCCAAGAGAUGAGUUAGAGAAAAAUCAAUAUUUUGAUAACCGACCCAUUAUUGAUCUUAUUUCACAUCCAGUCUUUGGUAUUUUCACUUUUCUUCAUGAAACAGUCCAAGACAAUGCAAAUCCUACCAAAUCUUUGCUUCACAGAAUCCAAGCCUCACAUCAUCGAAAUUCAUUUUUAACUGUGAAUUUAGAUUCUCCAUGUACAGUAUUUACCAUUCAUCAUUCUACAGACAGUGUUGUCUAUGAUGCGACAACAUUUACAGAGAGAAAUAAAGACACUAUUCCGGAUGACAUCGUGUGGGUUUUUUCUCAAGAAAAUUGUGUCUUUGGAUUUGCUAGUCACCUUUUCUAUCAAGAAAUCGAUGAUGGUUGCCAUCCGGGUCCUCAAGGCAAAUUGUACAAAGUUUUACCACGAGUUGGUUAUGGCAGGAUGUCCAGUCACACAAAUUCUCUAACUGAAGAUUUUUGCUUGAAACUGGAAGAAAUUCUUAAAAAGAUAUCACUCACCAGACCACAUUUUGUACACUGCAUAAAGACCAGUGAUUCACAGUCGUAUCUGACAUUUAAAAUGGACACAAUAUGCCGACAAUUAUCUGCCAUGCAAGUCGUGGAGACUGUCAAUUUGAUGAAAACAACACCUAUCCAUCGAAUGAAGUAUUCAGCCUUCAAUUGCCGUUAUCAACUUCUUCUGCCUAAAUGUUCCAAAGAUGCUGCUGUUAAUCCUGUAAAUACAAGUGCAGACAUUCUCAAUCAUCUGAAAGACAUCAGCCGUAAUUUUAGUGAGGAUGAUAACAGUUUUAAUUGGAUCUUCAGACAAAAACAUUUGCUCUUCAGUGAACUUGUGCGGCAAGAGCUAGAGGCGUACAAAUUGCACAUCUUCUAUCAAUCAGCCACUCUUAUCCAAAGUCAAUGGAGAGGCUUCCAAUGUCGAAAACGUUGGCCUUUCCUUUUGCAACAUCUACGCGCUCUUCAAUUAAGGCGAAUGGAGUUACUUUCAGCUGACAAUACAGUGUUUGUCACAACCAGUGUUUCAAAACUGGACUGGAAAACUGUUCAUCAAAUUUGUGCCAUGUAUGGCAUUGAUCCGAAAAAAACGCCUGCAGUUCCUCCUUUGAGACAUUACAGUGUCGUUGGGAACAUGAAAGUGAAGUUUCCUCAAACCAGAAUUGUCACUCAAUCCUACAAAGUUGGCAAAAAAGACUGGCUUCAAGAAGGAGAUGAAGUGAAAGUGAUUGGUCCUUCGACCAGUAAAGCAGGUCAUUUAAUUGUCCAAUGGCAAAACCAAACUCAUGAUGUGCCCCACCAGGCGUUGCUUCUAAAGACAAUGGGAACUUUGCUAUGA